GCGGGGAAGGGAUGGGAACAAAACCGCGGUGGGAUGAGAGGCGGCCGCCCCCUCUCUCUGCUCCCGCUGCCCGAGGGGGACAGAGCCAUGAACCUCAACUUCACGGCUCCCGUGCACCCCGUCUCGACGGGCAGGCCCACCUCCUUCUUCAUCGAGGACAUCCUGCUGCACAAGCCCAAACCCCUGCGGGAGGUGCCCCCCGAGCACUUCCCGGGCUCCUUGGCCUCCCGCGUGCCCCUCUUGGACUAUGGGUACCCCCUGAUGCCCACCCCGACCCUGCUGGCGCCUCACCCGCACCCCGCCCUGCACAAGCCGGAGCAUCACCACCACCACCCCUAUUUCCUCAGCACCUCGGGAAUGCCGGUGCCAGCGCUUUUCCAGCACCACGCUCACGCCGAGCUGCCCGGGAAGCAUUGCCGCCGCCGCAAAGCCCGCACCGUGUUCUCCGACUCGCAGCUCUCCGGCCUGGAGAAGAGGUUUGAGAUCCAGCGGUACCUGUCCACUCCCGAGCGGGUGGAGCUGGCCACGGCCCUCAGCCUCUCCGAGACGCAGGUGAAAACCUGGUUCCAGAACCGCCGCAUGAAGCACAAAAAGCAGCUGCGGAAGACGCAGGACGACCCGAAGGCGGCGGGCGGGGAGGAGAGCCGCGAGCAGAGCUCCCCCGAGCCCGAGCUGCCCGAACCGGCGGGCACCGAGCCCCGCAAGGGCCCCCCCGGCCCCUUCCUCCUGCAGGAACCCGAGGACGAGGUGGACAUCCUGGAGGAGGGGGACAUCUGUCCCCACCGCCUGUAGGAGAGCCGGGGCUCUGCUGCCUCUCCUUGGCUCUGUCCGGCUCCCCUCGCCUCCCCAGCUCGGGAACACGGCUCGGGAAGGGGGUGUGGGUGCUGGGGGAGCCCCCUCCCCUCCUGGGGUGAAGGUGGUGAUGUCCCCAAGGGGUCGGGACCCCGCGGUGCCCCCCAGCAUCACCCCAAAGCUGGGCUGUGCUCGGGGGGGAGUAAAACCAGCCGGGUUUGCUUUAGGUUCCCCCUCCCCUCCGAAGCGUCGGACUUCUCCUCGUUCCCCGAACUUUCCUCGGGUGUAAAAUAAAUGUCUACUCGUGGCA